GAUGCAAUAUUACUAAGGAGCCACUCUGUAGAAUGAUUCUCUGAGCCAAAGCCUCUGGACAGGAUGUGAGAGUAAUUCUGAGGAACAGGCUCCUCGAAGGAAAAAGGAAAAAAUUAAAGUCAAAAUAUGAGGUGAAACCAUUGGGUCAUGCUGCAUUGCAUCACUGUGGGGGUGUUACUCAGUGUAUAAAAGAGAGAAAUCCUUUGAGUUGAACCAUCAGAGUCCAGACUGAAGGAAGACAGUGGAGUGUGAGCCAGCACCUGUCUACAGACACAACUAUGAAGUCAGCUGUCAUCGCCUUUCUCACCUGCCUGCUUGUCCUCUAUGUACAAGGACAAUCAGACACCACUAGUUCAUGCAAGUGUUUAAACGGUUAUGUCGGCCGGGUCAACUCAAAGGUCAUCCAGGGAAUGCCAGACAUAUACCACCCAAGUUUCGUUUGUCUAAAGACAGAAAUUAUUAUCACAAUAGCAGAUCGGAAGAAGUGUGUGAAUCCAGCGUCACCACUGGGAAAAAUGAUUCUGAGAAAGAUGAACAGGCAAAAGAAGAAUGAAGCUGUGAGCAUGACGACGACUACCAGUCAAACUAAUACACAGAAUUCAACGAGUCACCACACAACAUCCACCAUGUAG